AUGAGUGGUUAAGCAUGUGAUCCUGAUAAGGGAUGUUGGCUUCUUAGUAAUUGUGAAUAGAAUGAUAUCAAUUAUACUUGUGUACAUGAUCCAAUAUUAGAAUUGACACUCUAUACAGGUUUUGUUUAUUCAUUAAUACCAAUAUUUUUGGGGAUUGGUAUUUUAGGUGGCUUAGGAACAGGUAUGAUUAAAAGGCCUAUUUUAAAUCUUAUGUUAAAUUAUCCAGCUAGUAUUGCUACUUAGGUUGGCGACUGUUUUUUAUUUGUAACAACAACAUUGAAUUCUUUGUUAUUAAUUUUUGAAAAGUAUCUUUAAUUAUGAUAUGAAGACAUCCAGAUCACCCAGAAUUACCACUGAUUAACUUCGAUAUAAGUAUAAUCUUUAAUUAAACUAUUCCUUUGGCUUGGAGUGUUGGGGCUUUCUUGUAAUAAAGAAUACCCUAAUUUGCUAUAUAUCUCUUUUAAUUAUGUUUUAUGCUUGGAGCAAUUCCAUUUUUAUGGAAAUUUAGUAAUCAUAAUAAAUAUGUUAGCUCAUAGUUAAAAGUAAUUAGAAAUUGAUAAGAGAGAUAAAAAAGUGUUAAUUAUCGAGAAAAUAAAAACUAAAGAAGAUAUGGCAAAUGAGACAAGUCUUGAUGAAAAAGAAUUAAAACAAUAUGAAAAAUUCUAUAUUAAUGAUCAUAAGAAAAUCUAGAUAAAAAAUCUUUGUUUCAUUUUUGGUUCUUUUAUAGUUAAUCAAACAAUUGUCCUUAUGAGAUCAAAUAAAUUUAAUAAUUCUAUAAUAGGAAUAGAUGCUUGCACUCUUGAGAAUAACUUAGUUUUAAUAUUAAUUUUGUGUGCUAAUUUUAUUUAUACAACAUUAGUAUAUUGGAAUAAAAGAAAUGAAGAAUUUUAUAAAGACUUAGUAUAAUAUAGACCAGAUUUUAGGUACUUUACACCAAAAAAAACAUUUUGGUUUUAUUAUCUAGGAGGUUGUUUAGCUGGAUUUAGCACAGGGUUUAUAGGAAUGGGUGGGGGACUUAUUAUGGUUUCUAUCCUACUUCAUAAAUAAAUUAUUGCUAGAGAAGCAGCUGCUACUGCUGCCUUUGGUACUUUCAUGAUUGCGUUAAAUAGUUUAAUCUAAUUGUUUUUAUAAAAAACAAUAUCUACUGGUUAGAUGUUCACCUUUUUUGGUUUAGGAGUACAUUUCUUAUAUUAUUAUUAGAUAAUUGGAUUAAUAGUUAUAACAAAACCUGCAUAUAUUUUAAUGAACAAAUUUAAAGUUGGAUAUGUUGUGUUGAUUGUUGAUAUCAUAUCAGUUACUAACAAUGUAAUUGCAAUUAUAGCCUUAAUGAUAAUAAAUUCAACACUUUAUGGAUUUGAAAUUAUGUUAGAUUAUCAUCAACAUUGCUGA